AUGACAUUGUUGAAAACAAUAACAUCGGUGAUCACUCAGCCAUUAAGCUGUAUGGGACGAUCGUUACUCGCCACAUCAUCACGUCGGACCAGACGAGGUACACGGGCAGGAACGCAUGUGAUAAGACAAAUUCCAUCUCUGAGAUGUAAUAGAUACCCCAAGGUAAAUAAAUAUAGUCAAAGAGGCAUAAACUUUAAUAACAUCGUAAAUCUGAACAAAUGCGACACUAAUCAUAUGAUAUUAAGCACACUUACUGAUACAGAGUCAACAAGUAAUAUCAUGACAUGUGUAGGUAACAGGCCUGUUGGGGCAUACAUGGAAAGAAAUUCUGAUAAUUCUGAUCGGCCAAUAACACUUGCAUCAGUGAAUAUCAUUCCCAAUAUCAAAAAGUAUCCUAAAAGUAGCAUGUUGUUUGCCACUCUAAACUGCAGAUCUGUUAAAAACAAGGCUCUAUCAAUUUGUGAUUUUGUGACUUCUCACGAUUUAGAUAUUCUGGCUAUCACGGAAUCAUGGCUUGGUUCUGACAUUGAUGAAGGUGUUAUUCAAGACCUAGUACCAUCUGGAUACAACAUAAUGCAUCACAGUCGUAAUAAUCGUCGAGGCGGUGGAAUUGCACUUUUGUUCAAAGGGGGUAUUGGCAUAAAACGAUUGAACGUACACGAAAAACAUUUUACUCACUUUGAGCAUAUGGAGUUCACUGUACAUUAUGAGGAUCUGAAUAUUCGUCUUUGUGUAAUAUACAGACCCCCACCAUCUAAAUCUAAUGGUUUGCGCAAUACUCUUUUCUUUGAGGAAUGGGAAUCAUACCUUGAUCAAAAUACUAUACUAGUACCCACGCAUAACGUUCUUUUCACCGGAGAUUUCAAUUUCCACCUAGAUAAUCUCAGCGAUCCAGACGCAUUACGCUUCUAUCAGAGUCUUGAAGAUCGUAACCUUACACAACAUGUCAAAGAUGCCACGCACGAACGUGGGCAUAUAUUAGACCUUCUUAUAACGAACAAAGACAGUCAGAUACUAAACGGAGUUCCAAACGUUAAGCGCCCGAACAUCAGUGAUGCGCAAGGUAAUUUAGUAUGUGACCAUUUUUCUGUUCAUGCAACGUUAGCAUGCCAGAAACCAAAGAGUAUGCGCAAAGAUAUUUCUUUGAGAAAAUGUAAAGAGAUCGACAUGACGGAACUUAAGAAGGACAUUGUAGAUUCUUUUUCAUGUUCUGGAAUAGAUAGUUCUGUAGAGCAACUAGUCGAACGUUAUGAAGAUAAUUUAACCAAUAUCUUUGAUAAACAUGCCCCAGUCACGAUCAAAUCAGUUGUUUUAAGACCUAAUACAGAAUGGUAUUCAGACGAUAUUAAGGCUGCCAAAAGAGAUAAACGAAAAGCGGAGAGAAAAUGGCGGGAUUCGAAAUUGGAAGUUCAUCAUCAAAUUUUCAAGGAAAAAUGUAAAACUGUUGGUAAAUUGUUAUAUAUCGCCAAGGAAACUUAUUACUCUUCUAAAAUUGAGAAUUGUGGAAAUGACCACAAACAGUUAUUCAAACUAUAA